CGGGGGGUGAGGACCAUGUAUAGACGCCGCUCACAGUGUUGCCCUGGUUACUUUGAGAGCGGAGACUUGUGUGUUCCACUGUGCACAGAGGAGUGUGUCCACAGGCGCUGCGUGUCUCCGGAUACAUGCCAGUGUGAGCCCGGAUGGGGCGGGCUGGACUGCUCCAGUGGUUGUGAGAACGACUACUGGGGACCUCAUUGCAGUAAUCGCUGCCAGUGCCAAAAUGGGGCUAAGUGUAACCCCAUCACAGGCGCCUGUGUCUGCACCGAUGGGUACCAGGGAUGGCGUUGUGAGGAGCCCUGUGAGCACGGAUACUAUGGCAAGUUGUGCCAACUUCCCUGCCAGUGUCUCAACGGUGCCACCUGCAACCAUGAGACAGGAGAGUGCAUCUGUGCACCGGGGUACUCGGGGGCUUUCUGUGGAGAGCGCUGCCCCUCCGGGAGUCACGGGCCUCAGUGUGAGCAGCGCUGCCCCUGUCAGAAUGGAGGAACCUGCCACCACAUCACCGGAGACUGUUCCUGCCGGACCGGGUGGACGGGUUCAGUUUGUGCCCAGCCGUGCCCUCUUGGCAAGUACGGCAGCAACUGCAGCAAAGACUGCUCGUGCCGGAACGGUGGAGUAUGCGACCACAUCACGGGGCAGUGCCAGUGUGCAGCGGGCUUCAGUGGGCGCAGGUGUCAGGAUGACUGUCCUGUGGGCACCUUCGGGCCUCAGUGUAACCAGAGGUGUGAGUGUCAGAACGGAGCCAAGUGUCACCAUAUCAACGGAGCCUGUCUAUGUGAAACUGGAUUCAAAGGGCCUAAUUGCCAGGAGAGAUUCUGUCCCCCGGGCCUCUACGGCCUCAUCUGUGACAAGUACUGCCCCUGCAAUUCCACCAACACUGUGAGCUGCCACCCACUUUCUGGUGAAUGCAGCUGCUCAGCAGGAUGGACCGGGCUUUACUGUAAUGAGACCUGCCCGCCUGGAUACUUCGGCGAGGGAUGCAUGCUGCCAUGCAGCUGCACCAACGGAGCCGACUGCCACACGGUCACAGGUGCCUGUAUAUGUGCCCCUGGCUUCAUGGGUGAGGACUGUGCCACAGUGUGUCCCCCUGGUCUUUAUGGACCGAGCUGCAUGUCCACCUGCUCCUGCCAUAAUCAUGCAUCCUGCUCUCCUGUCGAUGGCUCCUGCGUCUGCAGAGAAGGAUGGCAGGGAGUGGACUGCUCCAUCCUCUGCUCCAGCGGCACUUGGGGUCUGGGCUGUAAUCAAACAUGCUUGUGUGGCAACGGGGCAGCGUGUGACCCUAUGGAUGGCAUCUGCACAUGUUCUCCAGGGUGGAGAGGAGAGCACUGCCACGAGUCCUGUCCUGAUGGCACCUAUGGUCUGGAGUGUCGUGAGCGCUGUGACUGUACCCACGCUGACGGCUGUGACCCAGUGAGUGGCUACUGCCGCUGCUACCCCGGCUGGACAGGAAUCCACUGUGAUAAUGUGUGCCCACAAGGCUUCUGGGGACCCAACUGUUCAGUCACCUGCUCCUGUCAGAACGGAGGCUCCUGCUCUCCAGAGGACGGCGCGUGUGUGUGUGCACCUGGAUACAGAGGGACCUCCUGCAAACGAAUCUGCUCUCCGGGCUUCUACGGGCACCGCUGCAGCCAGUCGUGUCCGCAGUGCGUCCACAGCACCGGGCCCUGCCAUCACAUCACGGGCCACUGUGAGUGCCUGUCCGGCUUCUCCGGCUCUCUGUGCAACCAAGUGUGUGCGAGCGGCAGGUAUGGGAGGGCCUGCGCCGAGAUCUGCCUCUGCACCAACAACGGCACCUGCAACCCCAUCGAUGGCUCCUGUCAAUGCUUCCCCGGCUGGAUAGGAGAGGAUUGUUCUCAGGCCUGUCCCUCUGGGCACUGGGGCCCUGAUUGUCUCAACUCAUGUAAUUGCCACAACAGCGCCCAGUGCAGUGCCUACGACGGGGAGUGCAGGUGCAGCCCCGGCUGGACCGGACUCUACUGUACCCAGCGCUGUCCUUCAGGAUUCUACGGCAGGGACUGCUCUGAGGUCUGCCGCUGCCAGAAUGGCGCGGACUGUGACCACAUCACUGGCCAGUGCGCUUGCCGAACAGGUUUCAUCGGGACGAGCUGUGAGCAGAAGUGUCCUGCUGGCACAUUUGGAUAUGGUUGCCAGCAGCUGUGUGAGUGCCUGAACAAUGCUACCUGUGACUAUGUGACUGGAACGUGCUACUGCAGCGCCGGAUAUAAAGGCAUCCGUUGUGAUCAAGCAGCUCUGAUGAUGGAGGAGCUGAACCCGUAUACCAAAAUUAGCCCUGCGCGAGGCUCGGAGCGCCAUUCGGCGGGGGCCGUCAUGGGCAUCAUCUUCCUCCUCCUCAUCAUCAUGGCCAUGCUCAGUCUGUUUGUGUGGUACAGACAGAGGCAGAGGGACAAAGGUCACGAGAUCCAGCCCAGCGUGUCGUACACACAGGCUAUGCACAUCACCAGCACUGACUAUUCCCUAUCCGAGUGUGGCAGCACUGUAGCAAUGAGGACCAGUGCUGCAGAAGUCAAUCCGAGCCAGAGCAGCGGCAGCGGCAGUGGCCAGUGCUUCGCCAACCCCAGCUAUCACACUGUGGCCCAGUGUAACGUUGUGUCAACCAUUUCCAACAACCUGGAUGGUACCCUGAUCCUCAAAUCAAGCACCCUGAAAAGCAGAAACGGCUCCGAGUGGAGAGCCUACUGCAACCUGAACGACCUAGAUGUUCAACAGGGGGAGACACAGACACAGAGAGGGUCGAGAAAAGAUUACAUCAAGGGCUCCAUGUGCAGCAACAGCUCCUGCUCCCUGAACAGUGAGAAUCCAUACGCCACCAUUAGAGACCCACCAGGGCUCGCUUGCAAGCACACAGAGAGCAGCUAUGUGGAGAUGAAGUCCCCCUCCCACCGUGAAGUGCCCUUUGGAGGCACUGCCACCCUCCUGGGCAGUGCGAGCAGGAACGUCUAUGAUGUUGAGCCAACCGUGAGCGUCCUGCAGGGACCCAAUGGAAUGGCGACCGGCUUCUCCCAGAGCCCCUACGACCUUCCCCGCGGCAGCCACAUCCCAAGCCACUACGACAUCCUGCCCAUGCGUCACAGCCCGACACACACACCUCCUCCAGCCCCAGAGAGCCCCAGCUCCCUGCUGUAG